UGUAACUAUACCUAUAUACGUUGCCAAGGGUUCGAAGUCUUUCACCCAAUUCUCCGAACCAAAUAUCCUUCAGUACACAAAACCCUAGAGCGAGAAAGGGGUUUUAGAGAGAGAAAAAAUGGAUGCCCUAAGAAAGCAACUGGACGUUCUGAUGGGAGCGAAUCGGAACGGGGACGUGAGGGAAGUCAAUCGAAAGUACUACGAUCGUGACGUUUGUCGUCUCUUCUUGGUUGGUCUCUGCCCUCACGAACUCUUCCAAUUAACUAAAAUGGAUAUGGGGCCUUGCCCAAAGGUUCACUCAUUGCAGCUGAGGAAAGAAUAUGAAGAAGCCAAAGGCAAAAGUGUUGAUAACUAUGACAGUGAAUUGGAGAAUGUUAUAGAUAGGCUCAUUGUUGAGUGUGACAGAAAAAUUGCAAGAGCUCUUAAGCGUCUUGAUGAAGAGGAUGCUAAAGCUGCUAUUGCAAUUUCUGUGUCUGAGGUUACCCAGACACCUGAGGUUUUUGAGUUGUCAAAGCAGAUCACGGAAAAAUUAAAAGAAGCUGAUCAAUAUGAUCUUGAAGGCAAUACAGAUAUGAAGAUUCGAGCUUUGGAAGUGGUCGAAGAACUCAGAACAAAAAGAGCUGACAAACAGUCAACGCUUCUUUUGGAUGCCUUCAAUAAAGACCGUGCUUCAUUACCUCAACCCCUUCCAAACCCUCCACCACUGGCGCCCUUACCUGAACUUGCUCCUGAUCCUCGCACACAAGAAAUGAUAAAUGAGAAGCUGCAGAAAGCAGAAGAUCUUGGUGAGCAAGGAAUGGUCGAUGAAGCACAGAAAGCACUGGAAGAGGCUGAAGCACUUAAGAGGCUGGCUCCUCGGCAGGAACCUGUUACGGAUUCCUCGAAAUACACUGCGGUUGACGUGAGAAUUACUGAUCAGAAGCUACGUGUCUGUGACAUUUGUGGAGCAUUUUUGAGCGUUUAUGACAGUGAUCGACGUUUAGCAGAUCAUUUUGGAGGAAAGCUUCACUUGGGUUAUAUUCAAAUCCGUGAGAAGUUAGCUGAGCUUCAGGUGCUGGUAUAAUGUUUCACUUUCUUCUAUAGAGAUUCUCAGUUAAUAUUCCAUCUAUUUCUUAUCCCUUCCCUUGAUGUGAAGAAAAUUGAUGGUUCGAAUGGUAUGUAAUAUGAUACAUGAUCUUUGACAAAUUUUAAUCUAGUGCGAGAAAGAUCUUCAACCUGUAUUAGUCACUGUUCUGGUUUGGUUUAUUAGGAAACCAAAUUGUUUAAGAAACUAGAUAUAACUUAUAAAAAUCACUUCAACCGACUAAACCAGCCUUUUUUUGCUGGUCUUUAAGAACCAAUGUGAGUGAAAUAAAUUUUUUUUUUUUCAAAUUACAAAUUAAAAAGGAGUCUGAUAAUAUGCAUUUUAUAGUAAUACAUAGCUAUUGUAUCUCAUAUAUCAAAUCUUAUGGUAAAACAUGACAUUGGCGUAAUUUUAGGAAAAUUUAGAACAUCAAUUGACAACUUGAAUGAAUACAUUGUUUAUGAUCUCUAAUAUGUAGUAAAUGUAUAUUAAAUUUUAAUUAUUCAUUUCUGUAACACUUAUUCCGUGUAAUUCAAGUUGAUCAACUAUAGAAUUCAAUUUUAUAAUUUGACCAAAUGAACUACUUGUCUGACCAAAAAUGAAUCAAAUGAUUGGUCCAGUGUUUGUAAGAUUGUUUCAAUCAUUAGUUGAUUACACUAGGUUAACUUAUGUUAAAAAUUUUGUUGAAUGGAAUUUCUAGCAUUAAAUAAUAAUUACAUUGAUUGUGCUGAUAUAUCUCUAUUGAUUAAUUUAGUUAGCUCCUUGCUUCACUCUGGUGGGCACUUUGCGCCUCAAUUAAUGGGUUUGAGUGCCUUUGAGGGCACCUCUUGCCUUAAAGUACUCUGCUUUUUGAAAUGACUUUUCUUGUGCCAUCAUCAGUGGAGUUGCCAUGUUUCACGUCCUUAUGCCUUCUUAAAACUGAGGGUAUUGUUCAGAUUGUUUCUGAUAACUUUUAGUGGCAGGCAGCACACAUGCGCCCCCUUAUGCUAUUUUAGUGAACUUGUAUGAGAGUCAAGGCUUAUGCAUUUUUUCUUUUCCCUUUUUCUUUUCUUGGGCUGAAGGAGAAAGCUUUAUUUGAUGUGUGCUCCUUUGUUCUUUUGAUAUUCCGCACUGAUUAGGGUGAGUGAAGCAUAUUUGGUAGUGUGACUUCUGCUUUAUGCUUUUGUUGAAUCAUUUGUUCAUUCAACUCCAUUGAAUUCAAAGACUCAGCUUUUUAUGGCCUUCUUGAAGGGUAAUUAGCAACUUGUCUGAGAGGGAGUGAAUAAGGUAAGUUAGUGGGCAAAAUAAUUACUGUGGUUUUGAGAUUAUCCCUUUAGUGAAUAAGUCUUUACUCUAUAUCGUUUAAAGUCUGCGAAUGAUGCGUAGAAAUGUGGGUUCUUGGUGCUUGAAUAUCAAUGUUGUCUUUCCAUUUGGUUCUUAGUUCUGCCUGAUAUUGUAUUUUAUUUUAUUUUUCUAUUCCCUUCCCCUUUUUAAGGAAAUUGUGAUAGAAAGAAUAUUAAUAAAAUUCAAAGUUCAAUUAUUUUUAUGUGUGCAGUGUCUACUGCAUGCUAAUAUUCCUAGUUCUAGUGUUAUGGAAAUUUUUUAUUUUUUUUUU